AUGCCAAUGUUAAAUUCGUAUUUUAAAUUAAUUGGUAUCAAACAUACUUUAACAUCUGCUUAUCACCCACGAUCUAACAGUCUUAUUGAAAGGUUUAAUCGCCUAUUUGGUGGUAUGCUAGCUAAAUAUGUAGGUGAUAAUAAUAUUAAUCAGUGGAAUGAAUAUGUUAAUCGUGCAUUAUUUGCUGGCCGAGUCCGACAACAUCAUGCUACUGGUAAAACACCAUUUUAUAUGGUAUAUGGUGUCGAAGCAAAAUUACCAGGCGAUGAAUUAAUACCUAUUAUUAACGACAACGAACAUAAUAACAUCACAUCUCGUGUACAGCAAUUAAAUCAAUUAAUUCAACAACGUGAUAUUGUUCAUCAACGUCUUAGUUCAAAUGCUAUCAAGAUGAAAACUUAUUAUAAUAGUCAAUUGAAACAUCAUCAUGUUGAUCAAUUGCAACCGAAUGAUUGGGUUUUAAUACACAACGACAACAGAAAAAAAUUCCAACCUCACUGGAUUGGUCCAUAUAAAAUUAAAAAGAUUUGUCCUUUAAGAACAUAUCAACUUGAAGACGUCAAAGGACAAGUCAAAUUCGAUUUAGUACAUCGUGAUCUAUUAAAGUGA